UCUUCACACAUUGUGUCAUUAUAUACCCAUAUAUCUAUCUAUCUAUCUGUGUGUUUGCGAAUCUAGUGCAGAGAAAAAGAUAGAUUAGGGCCUUAAUUCACCGAAUUUGAGAGUAGGGUUUCGAAUUCCGAAUGUUCUUGAAAGGUUAUGAGUUUUGGAGCUGUUUUUUUUUUGAUUUUUGUAGUUGCCGACAGAGAGAGGUUUUUGAAUUCGAAUGGCAUCAAUGGCGGAACCAAUGAGGAGAUUCGGAGUCGGUUACGCUCUCGCUCCGAAGAAGCGUCAGAGUUUCAUUCAAGUUUCGUUGGUGAAUCUAGCGAGAGAGAGAGGUAUCGAUCUCAUUCGUAUUGAUACGGACAAGCCUUUGGUUGAUCAAGGACCGUUCGAUUGCGUGAUGCACAAGCUCUGCGGCUCUGAUUGGAAGAACCAGUUGGAGGAGUACUCGAUAAAGAACCCUAAUGUCCUGAUAAUAGAUUCCCCUGAUGCGAUUGAGAGGCUUCACAAUCGGAUUUCGAUGCUCGAGGUUGUUACAGGUUUGAAUAACAUUGAGACUGAGACCGAAUCGUUUGGAAUUCCGAAGCAGAUUGUGAUUUACGAUACGAGGACGCUCUUAGAUCCGAAUCAAUGGGGUGAGGGUUUGAAGUUUCCGGUGAUUGCCAAGCCUUUGGUCGCCGAUGGGAGUGCGAAAUCGCACAAGAUGUCUCUGGUUUUCAAUCAGGAUGGUUUGAACAAGCUAAAACCUCCGAUUGUGUUGCAAGAGUUCGUGAAUCAUGGUGGGGUGAUCUUCAAAACCUAUGUGGUUGGGGACUAUGUGAAAUGCGUGAAGAGGAAAUCUUUGCCAGACGUUUCGGAGGAGAAAUUGAAGAGUUUGGAGGGUUCUUUGUCGUUUUCACAGGUUUCGAAUCUAACUAUUCAGGAAAGAAAUGAUGAUGAGUAUUACAAGAUGAUGAAUUUGGAAGAAAUUGAGAUGCCUCCACAGAGUUUUAUCACCGAUAUUGCUCGUGGACUGAGGCGAGCAACAAAGCUUCAUCUUUUUAACUUUGAUGUCAUUAGGGACACUAGAAUUGGGAAUAGGUACCUUGUAAUUGACAUAAAUUACUUCCCUGGGUAUGCGAAAAUGCCAUCAUAUGAGACUGUUUUGACAGACUUUUUCUGGGAUGUGUUAAGCAAGAAAGACACAACAACAGGUCUUGAUAAUAAUCUUGAGGUCAUUAGUUUUGAGAAAGAAGCAAGGAAGUUAGUUACCAACAAUGGGUGUGAAGGAAAUGAUGAAGAAACAGGGAACCCAAUUCAAGUCUGAUGGGACUUGAGACCAUGGUUUACAUUGUGGGUUUAUUGGCCAAAAGAUUCGGUCAGCAGAAGCUGCUCAAUGCUAUGCACAUUUCUUUUAGAUAGCAGUUAGUACAGUGGUGAAUAAGUAGGUUCUUUGCUUCUGUUUUUCAGCCUCCCAAAGGCAUUAUUACUACAUGGUGUUCCUAGUUGAUCAUGUACAUUCCAUGUUGCUUUGGAGAUAGGUACUUCUCAAAUACUCUGGAAGUUUUUAGGAAGGUUAAGUUGUCCCUUUGAGGCAUAUGUAAUUCCUGGCUUAGAAACUGUUCUGAUUUCUUCCUUUGGCAACUUUAAUCAAUGAAUCUUGCCAUUUUGUCAAUGAUAGUUUCAUUUUGUUUCCUUUGCA